AUGGGAUAUAAACAAAUUAAAUUCAUCGUCAAUACUUAUACCCAUAUUGUUAAAGUAGAGUUACAAUUUGAAUCGAAUUUGUUUGCUGGACAAGGUGAUCAAACAAUAUUAAUUGGUGGUGAUAAUUGGGAGAGGGAGGGGUGUGGCGAGUUUCCCCCAUGUUCUUGCGAACCUGGCGAAGGAUUGUCUGGCAUGUGUUUGGGUCUUGAUUAUUUCGUCAGUAGGGCUGUUGGCGAUGGCUGUUGUGAUGAAGAGAGAAUAGAAGAAGAUGAAGGUGUUGACGCAAAUAUGGCACCCAUCUUCUUCUAA